GGUCAGGAGCGCAGAUGAACCUUACGAACGAUCGGCAGAAUCACAGCGGCGGUGAAGAGGAGGGCAACGAGAUCUCCACCCCUGGACGAGACCUAUGCAUGUCACAAGAAACCGCCGUAGACGCAUGAAGUGGAAGACAAGUGGCUGCGGCCUGACUGCCCUGUUGAUCGGCACUCAUUGGAAGCGUUCUUGUUGGUAAGCAUCUACUUCGGCACGGAGAGGUGCUCCCACAAGUCGCCGUAGUCGUAUAAAAGGGGAGCCGUCCGUGCGUCCAGUUCAGACCACCGGUGUCUUCAGCGACCGUACUCACCAUGGACAAGCUCCUUCUUGUGCUAUGCGCUCUCACCUGCUUUGGACCCGUCGUUGGUGCACCCGUCGGCGAUUCGUCUUCGCCUGCGGCAGACGUCGUACUAUCCGCUGCGGAACCGAGCGCGACAGUGCGCCUCGCGAGCGACAAUGCGAAUAACGUCUUGUGGAGCACCACGUCUGGUGGCGACCCUCAGCCGAUACGCGGCUCCCUCGGGGCGACCAUUCUGGCACAGCAGAACGUCGACCUUGAUAGACAGAACCCGGAUGCUCUCGCGCCACCCACGACCGAUCAUGGCACUAUCCCGAACAUCAAGUGGCCUUUCAGCUUGAGCCCCAAUCGCCUACAAACUGGAGGAUGGGCUCGUCAGCAGAAUGUUCAACAGAUGCCCAUCGCAAAAUCCAUGGCUGGCGUCGAUAUGCGCCUCGAGGCGGGAGCAAUCCGCGAGCUUCAUUGGCAUAAAACGUCCGAGUGGGCCUAUGUCAUGAAUGGUCAUAUGCAGGUGACAGCCGUAGAUCAGCUGGGUCGCAACUUCGUGGGAAACGUAGGACCGGGUGAUCUGUGGUUUUUCCCUCCUGGCAUCCCUCACAGUUUGCAAGCUACGAAUGAGACCGACGAAGGAGCUGAAUUUCUGCUAGUUUUCGAUAAUGGCGAAUUCAGCGACGACUCAACUUUCUUGUUGACUGAGUGGAUGGCGCACACGCCCAAGGAUAUUAUUGCGAAAAACUUCGGAACAAGUAUGCAAGCCUUUGAUCGGAUCCCGGGCGAGCAGCUGUACAUCUUUCCUGGUAUUCCUCCUUCGCCCGAUGCAUCGGCUGUAGAAGAUCCUCAGGGACAGGUUCCACAGUCUUUCACAUAUAAACUCUCUGACGUCACUCCGACGCAAUUGGCCGGAGGAACUGUGAGAUAUGCCGACUCGAGGACCUUUACAGUAGCUACUACGACUGCUGUAGCUGAGCUGACCGUUGAGCCCGGAGGAAUGAGGGAGCUGCAUUGGCAUCCGACACAGGACGAGUGGAUGUACAUUAUCUCAGGGACUGCGCGCGUCACAGAGUUCGCCGCUAGUGCUACUGCUCAGACGUAUGAUUUCUCGGCGGGAGACAUAGGUUUCGUUCCUGCUACAUAUGGACACUACGUCGAGAACAUCGGAAAUAGUACCUUGCAUUACCUUGAGAUAUUCAACACUGAUAUAAUCCAGGACAUCAGUCUUAACCAGUGGCUCGCUCUCACUCCACCGGAGCUGGUAAAGGAACAUCUCCAACUGUCUGAUGAAACUAUCGCCAAGUUGAGCAAGGUCAAGCCGGUCGUAGUCGGGCCCAAUUCCGUCUGAUUUUGUCGCUAAAUCGACGGAGACCUGUGAUGUCCACCAAUGUAGCUAAGAGUUCAGAGCCUUACUUAUGAAGCAUGUACAUUUGUGUAAACGAUACAGACUGUCAUAACGUUGCUAUGAGUUAGUGAGCGAGGAUCGAUUUGAACAGCGAGUUGACGGAAGCAG